GAUGGAAGUGGGGAAAGCUGACUUCACAACUGAAGAUGGCCGUGAAGUCUUGAUUGAUGCAUUGAUCAACUCUGCUCUUUGCUCUGCCCCUGGGAUGAUGGAGACUGACCCUUGCGAUUUACCUCGGAGGUAUGCUGAUGGUAUUUGCCCAAAAGCUUUGGAGCAGAAGGCUAGCUAUGUGACUGUCAUCCGGGAUUGGACUGGCAACAUGAUCAACUUCGCGACCACGAGUGGCAUACCGCAACAACUGGUGGACCAGGCUAGCAAUGCUCUGCCCCGGCGGUAUGAUCCAGAUGACAGCGAUGUCUUUCUCUUGAUCAAGGGCUAUGUAAGUCUUGCAUGCUCCUUAGAUGAUGAUCGCAAGGAAGUUCUGCGAGAGAUCGCUGAAUACCUCAACGACAACUACCAGCAGUAUGCAAUGUCUAGCACCUUCAACUUCAACUCUGUGGCGGAAAUGGUGGCUAUGAAUGCUCAGCCCAUCAUUCAAUCGAUCCCCCAAUCUUCGAAGGAGUUCUACCUGGCUCCAUGGAGCUUUGAUUUUUCUGAGAAGUCCAAGUAUGGCGAGAACGGUCGCUUCCCCACGAACCUCCAGUACAAGGCCCACUUCCAAUCCUUCCUCCGCUCAGGAUAUGAGGCAAGCCGCGAGCCCAUUGAUGUGCGCUUCAGGGAAGGAGGCGAUGGCACCAUUGAGCCUUUCAGCGUGCAGUUUGUGGACGGGCAGAACAAGAUGCUCAUCAUCCAAAGCAUCUUGGCCCUUGUAGAGCUGUGCGAUGACAUCAAGGAGGCUGAUGUGGAUGCUGACAAGGACUUUGCAAGGGUCUUGGCAUCUUUCCGGCAUGUGAAGUGCAACUUUAAGAAGCACCAACGAGCAGAACAGUACACCUAUGAGUCCCUGAGCCUGGCAAACCGGAGAUCUGAGAAAGUCAAGCCUUCCUGCUUGGACUAUGUGCUGAUCUUCCGAGAAGCAGCCAGGAUCAAGCGCGAGAGCAACCCACACAUGAGCCUGAGGGAUUGUGUCUGGGGAUCUGUGGCCGAGUACAACAAGACUGUGCCCAAGGAUUGGGUACGCGGGUGA